UAUUCCAACUAACAAAAUUUAGGUGGCUCUUGAUAAGAAAACCAAAAAAGCAAAAUUUAUUAUGAAUUAUUUAACAACUGCUCAACUGAUUGAAAUAAAUGGUGAUAGAGAAGUAGUGGUAGCUAGUUCAAAGACCACAAUAUUGUAGGAAGAAACUAAACAUCUCUCUUGUAGACUCUCAUCUUCAAGCCAUCUUUCAUCGACAAUACAAUAGAAGGUGUUGGUUUCACGAUGUGGCCCUCUACCAUAUCAAGCUUGUAGUUCCACAAAAUGGCACUAACAAUGAACUUGAGUUGCAUGAAAGACAUCGCCUUCCCCAAACAAGUCUUUGGUCCUGUCAAAAAAGCCAUAAACUUCUGCGACGGAACAUGGAUUAUGUUCCCUUCUUCUGAAAUCCAUCUCUCAGUAGGGAGCACAUCAGCUUCAUCGGCGCAUCUAUGCUCGAAUGGAACUGGUGGAUACAACCGCAACGUCUCGCAGAUUGUCGCAUGAAGGGUGGGUCGCAACCAACCAGAGCAGCCAACUGAGAGUGGAAGAUAGGGUGUCUUUUCCAGCUGCUAUUAAUGUAAACACCAUAUCUCGUAAGGACUUGUCUGAACUUUCUCCUUUCUGACCAGCUAUCAUCAAUUGUGUUAGCAUGUCGAGUUGUUGUCCCUGCUCC